UCUUCACUUUAAUAUUCUUUUAAUUCAGAUGAUAAUUCGUUAAUGUGGAAAUAAAAUGCCAUCAUUUCAACGUUAACCACCCAGCACUGGUCGCCACUUGUUGCAACGUCAGACUCCAUCUCUCCGGUCUGGGAGGAGGGAGGAUUAGAGGAGGGGGGGACUCCGUCACAUCCUCUGUCCAUGUAUGGGCAUGAAGUUUACACGCAGCGGGGAAUCCUCUCACUGGAGCUGAUGAAUGGGGAGGAGGGCCGAGGGAGCUGCCAAAGUGUAUAUAAGGAGAGAGAGGGGAAGUCGCUGAUGUGAAAUCCACAGCAAGCAAAUACCUACCGAGGAGCUCAGAGACGAAAAGGAAUACCUUUAAUUGCUUUUUACACCUUUUGACACAGACCACUUUGGAUCAUUUGUUGAAAACCAUCAAAAAGAGGGGGUUUGAAAGCAAAGUCAUCUGCAUAAUUUGUUCUGCAUCUUCCCCUUUUUACCCUUUUCCCUGGGAGAGACGGACUUCUAAGUGCAUCAGUAUGUUGAACAAUAUGGAUUUGAAUGCGAAAGAUUCUUUUUACCCUCAGUUUGAGAAUUGCAACAGUUCUUCCCUGGGAAUGGAAAACAGCGUGCGGAAAGACAACCAGGAGGUGUAUGUCGAUGCAGAGCGGGGGGUACCUGCCCAGUUUGGCCACGAAGGAGCCCCAGCAACCCUCAAAACCGAAGCUUCCAACUCGGAAUUUGCUUUUAACCCCUGCGAGUGCCCAAAAGACACCUACACCCCCUCCUCGCUCGCCUACUCGGGCAGUUUCUAUGUUGAGGCAUCUCAGGGAGCGCCGUGCAGCACCGAAACACUUCUCAAUAUGAUCACUGAGAUCGUGGGUAUAUCCACAAUGCCACUUUCAGAAGUGCAACACAGCGGCAACAGUCGGGGAACUUAUCCGUCGCCUGCGCCGAUGGACAGCAGCAAUGGCAAUUUUGGAGACCCCGGCGUUAAAAGGCAAUCCUACACCUGCUCCGGACCCACUCCCCCUGUGUACUCUCCAGACCAGACGUGCCCGAGGUACGCGGAUGAUCAGGCCGGUAGCCAGACCCAAGACCCGUCCACUUCCCAGCUGAGCUUCGGCUCUCCCCGAGCUCCAAACCAGAAGAAGGAUGAACCAAAGUCAGAGGCCGCUUCUUUCCCUGUCGUGGUCAAGAAUGAGUUUGAGAGCAGCUGCUACGAAUGGGGGACAUUUAACAAAUCUGGCUGUUUGGAGACGAGUUUCCAGACAGAGACCUUCCCGAUGUCGAGCGAUUUCCCCCCUGACCAGCAAAUGGAUGUUAAGGAACUUUUAGACACGUUUCCCCCAAUUUGUCCCAACCCAGAGAUGGAGUUUAAAGUGGAGGGGGGUAUCAAACAGGAACCGUGUUUCUCUGACACCUGCUCUCAGAGCUACUCCAGCCCCCUGUACAAUAAUUACCUCCCACCUCCUCCGAUGGGCCUCUCCUCUAACCUGAAACCCUUCCCCGAGCCCCCACAACCAUCUAAUCAGUGUGAUUCCUUAUACACAUCACCAGCUUUACCCAGCACCAUAGACUCCAUCCUGUACUCUUCCUUGUUGCCAGAUUCUUUCGCCCAAAGUUACACCACCCGUGCGACGAAGCCCCCAAGGGCCAGGAAGAGCCCGGCCGCCUCUCACGGCCCAGCCAAAGAGAAACCCUUCACCUGCCCUAUGGAGAGCUGCGACCGACGCUUCUCUCGCUCGGAUGAGCUCAACCGGCACAUCCGCAUCCACACAGGCCACAAACCUUUUCAGUGCCGCAUCUGUUUGCGCAGUUUCAGCCGUAGCGAUCACCUUACCACCCACACCAGGACUCACACUGGGGAGAAGCCGUUCUCCUGCGACGUCUGCGGCAAACGGUUCGCCCGGAGCGACGAGAGGAAACGGCACGGACGCGUACACCUGAAACAGAAGGAGAAAAUGGAAAUAAAGCCACAGGUGACCACCGGCGCAUGGACUUUCACUCUUCCCGAGGGCAUUUGAAGACAAAGGCUGUGUGUCCACACAUACUAUAUUAGGAUCUUUCCGUCUUGGAAGAUAAUAAGCCAGCUAACUACUAAGUUGAUGUCUGAGUUGGUUUGACUGGCACGCCAAUGCCUGGCACAAGAGGUUUUGCAGUUUUUUUUGAGGAGCAGAAAGGGGGAGAGAGAGGUCUGCUUCGGCCUUAUUGCCUGCUGCUGAUGCUGCUGACUUUAUGCAAAGAUGCAUAAGUUGUAAAAGUCGGUAAACAGAUCAACAGUGACUUGUUGCUGUUACUGUCAGUAGAGCCAAACCUCUCUGCUGCGGCAUUGCAUGACUGCUGUUCAGCACCUCUUCAUCUGGACAGCUCCAACCUCCAUCGCCUCUGAGCCUGGAUGGAUUGCACUUACAGAUUAUUAAUAUCUCCAUUUAAGAUUCUUAUUUUCUGCUUUUAGCAUUCUUAGAGCAAUUGUUUGGACUAUGUUUCUUAAAAAUGCAUGUUUAUGUCAGUGUUUUUAUUUUGUUUUAUUUUAUUUUUUUCCUUUCAGCGGAAUAAUCAACCACUGUCAAGGUACUCCUUCGCUCCACAGUGAGGGUUAUUGACAUGAAUGUAGGCUAAUAUAUUUAUGGCUUUGACCAUAAAGCUGUCCAUCUUUUAUCAGAUUUAGUGUUUGUUUAACUUCUUAUCAUUUGGCUGUCAGUGUUUUUUGUCAUUGGUCUUUGUGUUGUGUUACAAUUGUUUGGAUUAUUACAAUUGUGAAAGAUAUAUCAUA